AUGGCGAGUUCUCAACAAAAGAAGCCCGCGGUCGUCUGCGUAUUUUGCGGCUCCGUUUCCGGCAAUGAUCCUGCGCACAUGGAGACCGCACGCGCUCUGGCGCACGAAUUCUACCGCAACAACAUCCAGCUCGUCUACGGCGGUGGCACAGCGGGACUGAUGGGAGAAGUGGCACGGACGUUGGUAUCGCUGUCCGGACCGCAGGCCGUGCACGGGGUGAUCCCACGGGCGCUGGUUCGCGUCGAGAAGGGAUACAACGGAUCCAAAGCGGCGGAAGAGUCGUCGAUGACGGACGGAAAGGGAGCGGAACGGGUAGUGCAGGAUCCGGUGGAGGUGGCGGCGCCGUUGCAGGAGUCAGAGUACGGGAUCACGACGAUCGUACCGGAUAUGCAUACGCGAAAACGACUCAUGGCAGCCAAGGUGCGUGAGGGAGGACCCGGGUCUGGCUUCGUGUCGCUGGCGGGCGGGUUCGGUACCAUCGAGGAGGUGAUGGAGAUGACGACCUGGAACCAAUUGGGUAUCCAUCAAUUGCCUGUUGUGUUGCUCAAUAUCAACGGGUACUGGGAUGGGCUGUUGGCCUGGGUGAAGAAUGCCGUCCGGGAGGGUUACAUCGGUGUCGAGAAUGGCAGUAUCCUGGUCGAAGCGAAGAUCGUCAGUGAGGUCUGGCCCCGGCUCGUCGGAUACAAGCUCAGCAAUGGCAGGAUGAAGCUGAAUUGGACCGACGAAUAG